AUGUUGCGACAAGGAUACCUCAAAGGAUUACUAAGCGAUUGGGGAAAGACCAACUUUACCAGGGGACGCGAACAACAUCAAGGGCCGCCGAAGCCGCCCUCGCCAGCCCACACCAUCCACAUGAUCAUCGGUGGCGGGAACGACCCUUCCAUCAAUAGCGCAAACUUCACCACAACCCAUAAGCUAAAACAGUCAAUCACCCACGAAUGGUAUGACGAACUUGAAGAAAGUAUCACCUUCGAUAAGUCAGAUACCAACGGUUUGGAAUUCCCUCACUAUGACGCUCUCGUAAUUACUUUACGAAUUUUAGAUACUGACGUAAGACGAAUUAUGGUGGAUGUUGGGAGCAACGCGUGUAUUAUCCAUCCCCGAGUACUCACACAAAUGAAACUUGAUGAUAAGAUAGUACCACGCUGCAUCAUACUAACAUGCUUUAACAAUGCAGUUGAACGAACAUCUGGCGAGAUGACACUCCCCGUCCUGGUGGGUGGCGUCACUCUGGAGACCACUUUCCACAUCAUGGACCAGGACACGGCAUACAAUGCCAUAAUAGGGCGACUAUGGAUACACAUCAUGAGAGCUAUACCCUCCAGCUUGUACCAGAUCAUCAAAUUCCCAACUCCAUGUGGCAUAUUCAGCAUUCGCAGGGAGCGACGCAUAUCCCGAGAGUACUACCGCAUCGCCCUAGACUGCACGGCUACCCAACAAAUGAGAGAUAGAGAGAAAGAGGCAUAG